CGCUCUGGAGGAGGGAGAACCUUCGUGAAGAAGAGAGAGGGAGUGAGGAAGAACGGUGCGAGGUGGGUGGUGGAGCAUCGGCAAGGGUGAAGUGGGGUGAGGUGAGGUCCGCAGUGUGCGGUCGCUGUUCGGGCGGCGUGGAUUACAUAUUAGAAUUGCUCGCGUAACGAUAGAGAGACAGGGGAACUUUGCCAUUUCGCGAAAGCGAUAUUUUGCGCCGUUAUAUAUUUUAUCACAUCAUCGAGUCGAACGAACGAACGAACGAGGUGAUUGUCAAGAUUCGUAGGACCGUGGGCCUUUUUAACCCUCCCCCUCCCCCACCCCCUGGUCCUCCCUCCAACGAUCGACGAGCGAGCGAGCGACGGCGAUCCUCGCGAUGCUACCGACGAGGUAGUGCGCGAACCGUGUCCAAGAGAAUGUAUCGCGCGAUGACGAUCGCGGGGCACCGAGGGCUAUUAAUGUCCUAAAAGGGAGGAAGAGGAAGAAACGAACGGCGGAUCGAACGAAGAAAAUCAUCGCGGCGCAGGACGAGACGCAGAGCGAAAGAAGAAGAGGUGGUAGCGACCGGUGGUGGUAGUGGAGGUGCGGGCGACCGCGAGAGAUGGGCAAGAAGGGUUCCAAGCGGAAGACCCGAUGGAGAACGCUGAGCAUCGGUGCUCCACCCGGUGAAGAGGAUGAGGAAGAGGGUUUGCGAAAAGACUAUGUGAAGAGUCAGGAGAAGGAGACGAACGUGCACAUACAUUUCGAUCGGAAUGGACAGCAGAGUGGCUACAAGCCGCGUCGGGCUGGUACCAGCACCAGCGGCGGAAGUACGAGCGGCUACGCCAGCAGCGGCUCGAGAUCGCACAGAGACGAGAGCGCGGGUUCACCGUCGCAGCCUAAAAUCAUCUUCAAUGAGGAGGAGUACACGAGAAUCACGACACCGCGACAAGACGUUCUCUUCAAAAAGGGCUAUCUGUCGCGCAAAAAGCCUUGGACUGGAAACGCGAGCACCAGCGCUACGCCGUCGACUACGGAGAGUCAAUCGGCAUCACAUUCCACCGCAGACGGCAGCGAAACUACAGAGGACCAGCAACUAUUGGAUAGGGACAGUGGAACGGGAGAAUAUCCGCCCAUGGCAGAGUCGUCAGGAGCGCAAUUAGGAUAUGGAACAUUUUACGAUCAUGGAAGCGGCUACUAUUAUGAAUAUCCUGUGAUGUUGGUUGGACCUGCACCAGUACCUGCUCAAGUUGGACCAAACAUUCUAGCGACUGUACCUUGUGGUCCGGUUCCUCUAAGACCGAUUGAGUGGAUUAAUCCUGCGUUCGUGCCUAAACUUGCCAAUCAACCAUAUUGCUUAAUGGACUAUCAGACUAAUCAAAGUACAGAACCGGUCACGAUAGUGGAGGAGCAGAACGGCACGAUAGUGACAGCGGAAGCUUCCAACAGUAUGUGGAAUGAGAGCGGUACUGGUAGCGCUAGCUGUAGUGGCAGCGUAGCCGGGGAGAUCGAGGAGCAAGUCGAAGAGACAGAAAAUGCGACUAUGGAGCAGCAUACCGUGAAAGAGCAGCUUAUAGAAGAACAACCACAGGAGCCAUUGCAUCUCGAGGGACAACAACAUUUAGAGAACGGCAUGACGACGAUCGAUCCUUACCUAGAUCCAUUAAUGAUGCAAGAGCCAAUGCAUAUGUCACAUAUGGUGCCAGCCGUGCCGCAGCCGUACAUGUAUCCUGGUCACUAUAUGUUUGGACCUCCCUUGGUCAACGUUAAUGGUGUUACCAUCCAGGGCGGGCCAUUGGUGAGAACUAUGGACGUAACAGCUAUGACAAUGGCGUGCGCCAAACGAAGAAAGAAGAGAAAGAAAAGAAAACAGAGAAGACCUACUUUGGGUAACACCGAAGAUGAAGAAGAAGGGGAAUACAGUUCCGAAUGUGAUAAUGAUGUAUCGUCUUCCCGACUACCUUGGUCAGAAUGUCCGACUUCGAUCGCGAUUACAACGACGUCGGCCGCGAAUCGACCGCUUAAUCCCGAGUGCCAGGAAUUUCAAUUACGGCCGGACCUGCAAUCGCGAAUCCUGUCUACUCCUGUUUCGACAUCCACCGUCACCACUGUGGCCGAAGAAGUCACGUCGUCUGUCAAUGACGCACCGGAUGUGUCAUCUUACACCGAGACGGAAUCCGCCAGUCGCGAGACCGAGGUGUGCGACCUGUCAACUGCUCAAAGUCUAACGAACCAGGAAGAAACAAUAAUCCGUAAUUCAGAGCAAAUAGUUAGGGAGACAUCUUUAGACAACAUUCAGUCGUCGACAGUUGGACACAUGCCCAGAGACAGGAACGCAGAAAUUAACAGUCAAGCGAAUCAUCUAGUCGUGAAUAUGGAAGCGAUAAUAACGAACGAGACUACUGAGAUAAGGAGCAGUGCUCCUACUGAUUACGAAUCGCCUUCCAGGACUGAUAUUUCUUUGGAGAACGAUGGCGAUUUGACCAGUGCCAAUGUGAAGCAUGAGUCAUUCGAAAAUAAUAGUAACGACAUUAAUACAAAUACAUUGGAUAAUGGCGUCAGAUGCCCUGAAGAAAAUUUAGUUAACGGCGAUACUAACUACGAACAUUUUGCCGACUUAACGGAAAAGGCGUCAAAGUCAAUAUCGAUGAGUCCUCAAGAAAAUGAUUCCAAUUUAACAACGAUAAAUGUCAACGAAAAAGAGGAAGUUCAACGAUUACGAUGUUGCAACAAUUCGUCCGUUACGCGAACAACGUCACUUGGAUUGCCCAGGAAGUACAACAAGAAGGGUCUGAAAUUCGUGAGGGAAUCUACGCCUGGGCCGGACUUGGAUGACUCCGCACAUUUGGAUGUGGAGAGCAAAAUCGUACAACAAUUCGAAGCUGUCGAGCUAUCAGACGCAGAUUGCAAAUGCAAUGUUGUGAAUGAUAAGUUGGAUGAGACGGAGCGGAAGGUAGCGAACGAGGUAGACGCACUGGAGGUACAUAACGAGAGCACGAUCAAAACGACAAAUCGAGAUACAAUCGAAGGCUCGAACGAGGAUUCCGGAUUUGAGAGCCAAACUCGGAUGUCGAAAAAAUAUCCUAUUACAGCUGCGGUGAAGGAGUGGCUGCGUCGAGCGAACUCGCCCGAUCUUUUCAUAACGUCGGCGUCGACCUCGGAGAGCGAGACAGACGAGGAAGAAAUAGAUGCAAGAGAGCCGCCAAAAAACUUGCAAGGCAACCCCAUGCCUGCACUAUCUGCUAAUAGCGGUGUUGACAACGUCACGUUGUUGUCGUGCACGGCUAGCUGCGGCGAAUUCGCAAAGACCAACAACAAUAACAUCAACAACAACAACGCCAGGAAUGAUCAGAUGGAAGUUGAUUCAACAUCAAUCGGCAGAAGAAAAAGGGACGCGAAAGUUGUAAAAAGAAAAACAACGGCAAAGAGAAACGACAAACGGAACAGGAAUGUCGAUGAGAAAACGCAGAGCCAGUUAGUUUCUUCGUUGGUUUCGUUGAACUUUGUCACUGCCGUGAGAUCGAAAGAGAAGCCGAAGAAUAAUGUUGGUGACGUUUGCGAAUUUACUCAGGAGGAUAGCGUUGCGGGUAUGAGGGUUGCUUUAAGUUCUCGGAUAAACUCGAAGAGAGUUAACGGAAGACGAAUGAAGACAUUAAGAAAAAUCAGUAAAAAUCCUGUUGAGAAUAUCGAUAUCAAAAUGCGACGUAUAGACAAUUUAAACGAUGGAAAGGAUAAAGGAACGAGCGAGGAUAGUAUGGUGAGCGUACGAACGUUCGAGAAGGGGGAGAUCAUCGUUUCGCAAGACGGCAGAUUGUUACCAACGUCUUCGUACGAACCUGUGCCGUUUAAUUUUCAUGGUAAUCCCGUCGCGAAGACCGCUGCUUACGUCGACGUGAUUAACAAGAACGUGGAGAUAUGCGAGAAGACCAGCAAGAACAGCAGCGAGAACGACGAAAACGAUAGCGUAAUGAUAGGAUCCUCGGUCAGCAUAGAGGAGCCCGACGUGUUGGAGUGCUGGGAAGUAGAAACUGUGGAACCUGUGAUAACCCCAAAAAGGCUACUGCAAAGCCCAGGAGUCCUGUACGAAGGCGAGGCGGCGGAGGACGAUAACAUCGAGGUCGAAAAAGCUUUCGUGGAGCACGUGCAGAGGUAUUACAGACUCGCACGGGAUACCGUCAACACGGAGGAAGAGUCAAGCGAAUUUAGCACAUCGGUAAUUUCGUCGAGAACAGUGCCAAAUGAUCCGGAGGACAAAACAAUCGGGUAUUUCCGUGACGAGGAGAUCCCAAUCUAUUUACCGGACAAAAAUCAGGACGUUACCAUAGCGGAUGAGAAGAUACCCAUCGACGAGGCGUUCGAGGUAUACGAAAGCUGUUACAACGGAAAAUCACCGUUCUUAUCGUUCGAUUCGAAGAUGUUCGGGCAAAGGUCGUUGUAUGGUCAGAACGGCGACGGUCCGAUACCGUGCAGAGCGGUGUGCUGCAACAUACAAUAAUAUCGAGAAGAUAUACCCAAUCGCGCAAACUCUUUUUCAAACGAAAAAAAUAAUAUAUAUUAUUGUAACAUAUCUUAUAUUAUAAUAAUAUAUAAUUAUAUAAUCGCGUCAGGGCCAUGCUUUUUGAAAUAGGCCAGGGCGUAGUGCUUUCUCCGGGUAUAUCACGUAUAUGUACGUGUAAUAUGCACCCCUCUCACAAUACAAAAGCAAAUGUCUUAUCUCCGUUGGACGGAGAUUUAAUGAAUCGAUAUUCUUUUGAAAGUUCAGUGACACGCUCAAAGAAAACUAAAUGUUAUUUGAAAAGCAUCGCGAAUCGCGAUCCAUUUUUGUAAAUAGUUUUAAGAGUUCGUUUGUGAUGUAUAACUUUCUGUGGGAAAACUUUCAAAAUUUUAUGUGUGUGGAAGCAUGCAUUGUAGCAGUCACUCUACGAUAGCAUUUUACCAUUAUUAUCAUUAUAAGCAUUGUCGUAUGUCAUUAUUCGUAAUCAAAGACAGAGAUUCGUAACGUUUCAGCGUUCAGCUUUUAUCUGGACUGAACUUAUAUCAUUAAGAGGCAAUACGUUGUUUUUUUCCGGGUUAUCAUAGGAAAAAGCGCGAAUUUUAUUUUGGAUGAAAUAAAUAAAGAAGAGUGAAAGAGGAGAACGAAGAGAAGUACACGUAUAUGGAGAAGUGUAGAGGGCAUAGGAGAUGCCAGACUGUUGUUUUUAUUCUCGCUACGAUAUCUCGUAAUACCACUCAGUCGAAAUGACAAGAGCAUUAUUUUUAGAAUCUAUAUAAAAGACACGAAUGUUAAAAGACUAGGAGUUAUUGUUGCACGUAAUCACAUUGGAUGGCCUUUGCUUAGGAAAGUUCUGACUGCUCGCAAUUUUUAACUCGGCAUUAUCGGAAUAUCCCGCAUGUUGAAUUGUGAGUCUCCUUUUUCUUUCUCUUAAUCGAGAAAGAAGGGAACGUACCGAGGAGGGCUGACAGAGCGAAUCGUUCAAUAAUAUAUGCUUUUAAAUAGCGUUACGUAAUAUAAUCGCGUAGAUGUAAUAUCGCGUUCUCAUAGAAGGUACUAGUUGAAAAAAAAAAACGGACAGCGAUAAAACAGUGAGCCAUAGCUUUAGUCUGUUAUUGAGAAGUAUAAUGAGAUCUACAUAGAAGAAUCUUACAACGGUUACAUAACGAUCUGCAUGUAACGAUUGCAGUUCAACGGACGUUUAGAGCAAGCAUCACCAAAUCAAUUUCUCCCGCUUGACACUCCGCUAAUUCGCGUGUCGCAGAAUUUAAAUCAGUAAAAAGAUAUCGUCUCUCGUAUCCAGCUUCGAGAUCGCUGCAAUUUAAGGAAGCGGCACCCUUUAUUAAAUUUCCGUAUCUCUAAAACUGGACGUAAUCGAUAAGUUUUUUCGACACUAAAUUUGGACGAAUAGCCGAGUCACGAGGAUGAUCUCACCUCUAAACGUUCGUCGAGAAAUCAGGAAGAAGCGAAGCGAUCCUUUUCUUUUUUUUUCUUCUUUUCCGAUAGACGCGUUUCGAUCGGAAUCGGAUGAACGCACUGCAAAGAUGCAUAUGUGUACUUACAUAUACAUAAAGAAAAGCUGCACUUGUUACGACAUAGCCCACGCUUUAAUUGAUUUGUGUCCAGGAAUAGACUGAAGGUACCUUAGGUUGCAUAAUUGUUGCAUGUAGGUCGAUUGAUAGACAUGGUUCGCGAGGUCAUGUAUCUCAUAUCAUAACGCCCAUAACAUACCUCAGAAGGAUGUGUAAAUAAAGUCAUUUGAGGCAUUAGCAGAACGCAAAACAAUAAUAAAUAUCGAUAAUUAAUGAUAAUGGUAAUAAAGAAGAAGAGAAUGAUCUAGCGAGACGAUAAGACAGUGCUGGUGAUGACGAUACGAUAGGCGAGGGAAAAGAGGGUGAGAACGCGAAACCUAAUGUCACGCAGCUGCGAUAUGUAGACACCAUUGUUCCUGCAAAGUUCUAGUUUCCUUAAGCAUACGUAUAAAUCAUUUCCAAGAUGAUUAGGCGUAGCUCUAUGGACGUUCGUUCACACCAAAGUAACAUUAAAGAAUAAGUACGAAUAUAUAUCGUUAUAUUGAAAAAAAAAAUGCGCGUUGCAUCAAUUGUGUGCCUUAUUCUGUGGCGGCCGUUUUUGUAACUAUUUCAAAGCACUGUCCUUGAUAACAGUUAGUAGCGAGAUAUCAAGGUGCGGUUAAGACUUGUUAAAAUUGAUGAGAGAAAGAGAGUGAAAGAGAGAGAGCGAGAGAUAGAGAGAAAGAGGAAAACUUGCAGAAAGGUUUGCCCGCAAUGAUGAUCCUUACCAGUGCAUGCGUAGCCGAACAAGGACUCAUUUAGAUUCCUUUUCACAAAAUUAUCGACCUCCAUUCGACGGAUGCGUCCGAUUGUAUGCCGAUUAUUCAUAAAGACAUUAAAGCGUUGCAUCUUACACACACGAGUCAUGUACUGUACAAUUAUAUUUUAGUUGAAGUUAACAUGUAUGAAAUAAGUGUACUUGAAUUUUGUUGUGUUUUUGCUUAUAAAAAU